AUGACCGAACCAGAUCAAGCCCAUUUUCAGUCUAUGCCGUGGUGUCUCGAGAUCAUCAAACACCCGGACUACAUCACCACACCUACCUUCUCUCGGCAACCCAAAGAAGCCACAGAGGACUCUCUGACCUCUACGACGCUCAAAACGAACGAAACAAUUCAGGCCUGUCUCACAGUUUACAAACGGCCCCCGCAAGGCGAAGCUUGGAUCGACGAGGUCCGCAGCUUAAUGACGCUCGGAACUGGCAUGAACGGCGCACCUUACAUGCUCCAUGGCGGCAUCGUGGCCACAUUGAUGGAUGACUGUGUGGGCACGUUAAUGACGGUCAAUGAGGAUCAUGAGUCUGGAGCACCGUUAAGCUCAGCGGCCGUAACAGCUUACAUGAAUAUUCAAUAUCGGAGUCCGAUCACGACGCCGCAGACGGUUCUUGUUAUAGCGAAGAGUCGCGAGUUGAAGGGCAGGAAAUUCUAUUUGGAUUCGGAGAUCAGGGACGAAUAUGGACAUGUUUUGGCCACAGCGGAGUCGUUGUGGAUUGCCAUAACAUCUUUUGGGCCGAAGAGGCCAAAAGAGCGGCUAUGA